CCAAGCCAGGUCAGAUCAGGAGAGCAGGUGAGAAUAUCUAUUAGCCAAGCCGAGGUCAGAUCAGGAGAGCAGGUGAGACUAUCCAUUAGCCAAGCCAGGUCAGAUCAGGAGAGCAGGUGAGAAUAUCUAUUAG